UUUGCCCGCUCUGCACCUUAAAACCCAAAAUUUCAAUUUCUCGAUCUCCGUCUCUCUUUCUCUCUCUCAUGAAUCUCGAUGGCGUUCUCGACGACUGGGACGAGGGUUUCCUCGGCGCCGCGCUCAAUUUCAUGGAGGAAUACGAAGCCUCAAGAAACCCCACUCAAAACGCUAACCCUAACCCUCCAUUACCCCCUCCGAUCCCUGGACCUGCCGUCGGAGACAUCGCCGGAGGAUUCUCCGGCGACGGAAUCAGUACGAGCUUGAAUUACUCUCCUCCGCGGGAGCUAUCACAGAGAGUUUCGGAAAAGAUCGAAUCGAGCAUUGUCUCUUAUGGUAGCAGUCAAGCUUUUAGGGCUCCGCGAAUUCCCAAGAAUGGCGGUUACAAGAGGGAGAGGGAGAGCGAGAGGUUAAAGAAUGAGUUGGAGCGUCUCACUAAGGAGCUCUUUAUCAAGGAACGUGAAUGCAAGGAACUCCAAAAGGACAGAGAGAAGAAAGAUGAACAACUCAAAGAUGCCCUUUUACACAUUGAAAAUAAAGAUGCUGAGAUUCGAAGAUUAAAGAGGACAAACUUAACUUAUUCUCCACAAGUAGAAGUUCAGGCAGAUGGAAAAUCUGCAAUAUGUGAAUUGAAGGACCAGAUUAUGGCUAAUAAUGGUUUGAUCGGCUGUAGUGCUCUAGCUAUUCAGGAAAAUUGUUUUCCUAAAAAUUCUGGGCAGUCGAAGCGGACUAGGACCAAAGGAGUUCAAACAGAUAUCAUUGAGGAUGGUAGUAGUACUGAUGCUAAUAUGGUGCACGCUCUCUCAAGCAAGUUACAUGCGUUAUGGGGUUUCCCCGGGAAGAAUAUGUUGGGAAGAAACUUAAUCUCGGAGCUGUUUGUAACUUGUUCAGAAGAGUUCUGCUUGCUUUUCAAGUGCAUCAAUUGUCCAUCAAAAACAAACCUUGAAAGUUUUAUGAACAGAAGCAUUUCUGACACAACAGUCCAUGAAGGAAUGCAGCCUCUUCAAUUAGUUGAUGAUGCUAAAGUCUCUCGACUUUACGAAAUAUUAAUGAAGGUGCGUCGUGACGUGGCACCUUUGCAGACAUUAAUUGAAGGAUUGUUUGAUUUAUGCAUACAUGAAAAUGUCAUUGUCGCCCAUAAAGCAUUGCGUGUAUUGCAUGCCCUCUUGCAGCACUUGAGUUAUAGUACUAGAUUGAAUAGAAGGAACAAUGUUCUGGUGGACCAAUCUCAGAGCCCAGAGCGUAGAAUUAUUGGUUUGCAUAAUCAAGAUAAAAGUGAAACCUCAAAUAUGAAGUUUUCAUAUUUGGAGAAUGAAGAUAGAAAUUCCAGGGCCAGCAUGGAUAUAUCUUUUGAAAUGUUGAUUCUUAUUUUUGAGAAGAUGCAGCAAAUUGCUCUUAGCAAGAGGGAGGAGUAUAUCCAGGUUGAAGCAUUAUCUGUAAUGAAUCUAACGUUGAUGGCAAGUAACCCCUCAGAGAGAGAGAGGUUUGGACUCGUGCAACUGUUGGAGGCUUUGCCGAAGUUAUUGCAGAAGGAAAUUGGCUUGUGCGUGAGAAAGCAAGCCGUGCGUCUUCUGUUUCUUUUACUUAACUGCCCAAAGGUGUUAUCAGUGUUUUGUGAUGAAACUGACCAUGCAAAAACAGCAGAUUGCCUAAUAGCUACACCAACAUUACGGGAAGGAAUUAACCGUAUUCUUGAGGGCUUAGCAGAAUGCUUAGCUUGUGCUGGAGUUAAUACUGAGGUAUGCAUUUAUAGAAUGAAUUUCUAUGAAGGAUACAUGGUUCAUGUGUCUCUGUAUGUGCAUGCAUGCCCAAAGGUGUUAUCAGUGUUUUGUGAUGAAACUGACCAUGCAAAAACAGCAGAUUGCCUAAUAGCUACACCAACAUUACGGGAAGGAAUUAACCGUAUUCUUGAGGGCUUAGCAGAAUGCUUAGCUUGUGCUGGAGUUAAUACUGAGGAGCUUAAACUUCAGAGGGAUGUAAUUGUCGUGUUGGCGUUUAUAGCAUCGUCAGGAAGUUCUGGCUUUGAUGUUCUUUUAUAUUCAGCAACGCCUCAGAGAUUAAAUUUUCUGGAGCUGAUUAUACGGAUUCUAGCAUUUGGAAUGGAUACAGAGGAAGCAAAAUCGCAAACCUUCUGCAAAGAAAGAUUCUCAGUUUUUAGAGAAUCACUCAUUCUCUUAAAUCGGUUAUCAUCAAAUCCCUCCUAUUCAAACGCUACCUUGGAGGUAUUGACAAGGAAAGCAACUGCAACCUUGACGAUCAAUGUGUCAAAUAGGAUGUCAAGGAAAAGCCAAAGCCACUGGAAACGCCAUGCUACAAACAAAAUGCAGUUGGAAGAAGAGCUUGUCGACUUGGCUAGAAUGUUUAAAGCAAGAGUUUUUACAUUCUUGGGACAGAAUCAGUGACAAGGAGGGAGUUCCCGUAUGUCACAUUUUGCCAGCUGACAAAUUUUGUACAUACGAAGAGGUUGGCGGGCUCAACUUGCCUUACUCUUGAAGCAGGAGUACCUGGGAAGCCGUUGCAGAGCAGAAUGUAGGUACUUUUUUUUGGCCCAAGGGAGAGGAUUAGUUGAUCUAUUUUGGCAGCACGAAGGUGUAUAUAACGGAAGGUGUCUAUUUUGACAAAUUUUAGCGUGUGACAAGCUUGAGUAAGACGUCGCGCAAGACAUGCAUAUGAUUCUGGUGCAUCUCGGGAAACUAUUAGUGAUUCCUAGCGAUUUACCAGCAAUUUUGAGGAGUCAGAUAAAAACGCAGAGAUGGAUGUAACUGCAUUCCUUGCUAGGAACUUGUAAUUUUGUUAAGUGUAAUUUAUUAAAUUGCAAUCAUCAGUCCUAUCCGCUUUCUCUCGCUUGUUCUCAUUCUUGCUUUGUAGAGCUGUGCCUAGGUGAUUUACUUAAAAUUCUCCUAUCAGCAGUGGCUUUACUAGUAGCAGGUACCAGCUCCCAUAAAUAACUC